AUGGCUAGCCGUCAUGUCUUUACCCAGCGACUUAAGUCCGGGGUCAUAUUCUCGGCCCCAGGCAACUUGCUAGCCAUGCCUGAGGGAGGUUGGGGUGACGAUACACCCGUAACCCGACAGAAAAGGCCCAAGAGAAAAGUCCAAGGUCGUGCGUUCGAUCAUUUUUCUCACUGGGUAGCGAAAGCGACGCCUAAUGACGAGCCAUACGAUGAUAUUGGCUCCUUCACGCCGGUUAAAGAUACCCGUGGCAUUGGAAAUGAAUACAGGUCUUACUCUAUAGCACCAUACCACGAGCCUGAAGCCGAAGCUAGGGUUGCAAAGAUACCCGAGGUCACACUAUGUCUAUCGAUGCUCAGUGUUUCUUUGACGGCGACUGUGGACGGUACAGUCGCUCAUACAGAGUUGGUGCAGAAAUUUCACAAUCCUUCUGACAUUAUCAUCAACGCGGCGAAGCAUGUGUUCCCUAUCUACGAUGGAGCUGUUAUCACAUCCUUUGAAUGCACCAUUGGCGAUGAGCGUCGCGUCAGAGGUGUCGUCAAGCCGAAGGUACAAGCGCGAAAGGAAUUUGAAGAAGCAGUUGGCGAUAAAGUGGCAGCUCCCGCUCUUUUGGAAGAGCAUACACCUGAGAUCUUUGAGACGUCCCUUGGAAACAUACCAGCCAACACGACCGUGGAGAUCAAGAUCACUUACGUUCAAGAGCUCAAGGUCGUCAUGAUGGAGUCAGAAGCAACCGAGGGGAUAGCUCUCACUAUUCCAAUGUCCAUUGCUCCACGCUAUAGUAAAGCGCCAAUAGAGUGGGAGCCAGCAUCGAAGGUAACAGAGGACAGGCUUGAUAUAUGGAUCAAGGUCAUGGACAACGGCAAAGUCAAUCAGGAAGGUUGUGAAGAGGAGUCAGGUCACCUCCUUCAAUUUGAGGGCUCCAAGCCUGCCGAAUACUCCAACAUGCUGGAAAGGAAUACAUCACCCAAAACCUACUAUGUCUGGCACCAUGAGUCCGAGCCACCUGUUCUGAGAAAGGACUUUGUGUUUGUCAUUCAGAUGAACGAAGGGCACCAAAUCAAAUCAGGAGCUAUCGCUUGCCCGGCAGAUGACAAGGGCUUCGCUGCUCUGAGAGUGAACAUCCGACCUAACGACUUGUUCCGGAAUGCCAUUAUUCCUCAAUCAUUUACUGGCGAGAUCCUAUUUCUUCUUGACCAAUCUGGAUCUAUGGAUUGGUCAAACAGCUCACCAGACUAUUACAGUCGUCGCAAAGGACCACGAAAGAUUGAUGUCAUGCGUGAAGCCAUGCUGUUAGCUCUUUCAGGUAUUCCAUCUACGUGUGUCUUCAAUGUCAUCUCCUGGGGCUCGGCAACAAUGGGCUUAUGGGAGAGCUCGCGGGCUCAUACUCGGGAGAACAUCAGAGAAGCCAAGGGCUACGUGUCUCAGAUUGAGGCUGACAUGGGGGGAACGGAUCUCCUUCGGGCGUUGGAGUCUGUAGUGAAACGGCGAGCGAAGGACAAAUCCACGCAAAUCAUCAUUCUCACAGAUGGUGAACUGGAGCCCGAAGACUCGAUACAAUUUAUCUGGAAGAAACGCCAGCUGUUCGGAGAUAGCAUUCGGUUCUUUGCUCUGGGUAUUGGAGACGAAGUAUCUCACCGCCUAGUCGAGAGUAUCGCGGAGUGCGGUGGUGGCUACAGCGACGUAGUCCAUACUACACAGACUCCACGGUGGCAUGAUCGCUUGAACCGCCUGCUGAAGUCUGCUCUGGAGCCGAACAGCUGGAGUUGCGAUAUCGAUCUUGGUAGUGGUUUUGAAAGGAAAACCUUGGCUGAUUACGACAUUGGCAAGAAUAAUCCUGCAGAUGAGGGCAAGAUACCUUACAUCCAAGCCCCUUCUCCAAUCUCCUCACUCCAUCCAUUCAGCUUCACCUCGAUCUCUUUCUUGAUCGACCUUCGGCAUGGCGGCGAGCUCCCCAAGAGUGUCACCAUAAGCACAACAACAACCGGUGCGAAGAAGAAAACCUAUGAACUAGCCAUGGAACAAGCACCAGGCAAUGAUGAUCAGAUCAAGCGUGGGGAGACCGAGACUCAGAUUGCCAAAGCGAAUGCUGAGAAUAUUGGCACGAUGUACUCCAUUACCAGAAAAUGGACUAGCUUCGUGGCUAUCUCGGAGAAUCAACCUACCCAGACUGUUGAGGAGCAAAAGAUGAAUCACUACAAGGCACUGUUUGAUGAGAUACACAUCGACGAGCUCCUCAACAACGUCAGUGAUGAUGGGAGUUCAUCUUGCGGUUUCUCUGGUUCCUCCGGACAUGGCAUCCCUUGGAGCUACCAAGUGACUCACUUGGGUGUACCAGCAAUGUAUAACAAUCCUACUGGACAUCAUUCGACGACGCGCCGAGUACUCGAGUCUACAAGGAGAGGAGUCUCGGUACCAGCUUAUAUGAUGAGCCCACAACCCAACCUCGUGGAUAGCAAUGGCCGCGAUUGGCCGAUCUGUCCUACGGAUAGCACUCCUCGUCAGUUACAUCCCAUGAUACAUCCCCAGCCCGCUCCCGAUCCGAAGGCAGAUGAUAACAACGUCCGUGUCUCCGGUCAAAGCCUGGCCUACCCUUCGAGUCCCAACGAUGAAGCCACUCAGGCACAGCAAGAGCAGGGUUCGCGGCCAUAUGAUGGAUCAUCAGGGUCUUACCCGUCGGAUAAUGGAAAUGAUCCUGCCCACAGCAGGUUCGAUAGCAAACAGAGUCCCGGCGAACCAUCACGACCUUCGAUACGGGAUAUGGAACCGUUUCCAAUACCAGCUCACAUGCCUCAAUAUUCACCAACGCGACCAAAAUCCGGAAUUGGCUUACCACCUGGAUUUGUAGACGAUAGUCAAGGUGGGCGCUCUGCGCUUAGGCAGUGUUCUUUGGAUGAAGAUAAUGAUGAGUCCAAAGCUCCACGUCCCGCGGGCUCCCCAGUCACGCACGAUCCACGGCAAGAGGAACCGCAGGGAUCUGGUGAUAGAAUUACAAGCCGCAGUUCGAGGGUACGUUCGAAUAGCACUUCUGGGCCUAGACCUUGGGCAGUCCAGGACUCUAGUGAGUUUCGAGCUCAGGCGACGAGUGUCGACGAUGAUGUUUGCCUACCCACAAGAGAAGGCGUUCUUGAAGACAAAUCCUCGACAUUUGAUGGACAUGAUUUCCCUCUUUAUCCUAAUGAUUCCGAUUGGCAAGAAGCGGAAAGAUUGGAGCGUACGCGUAUCCGAGCGGAAACUACAGACGACAUCCAGCUAGACUGUACACCACUUAUGGCAGAAAUUGCUGAGCCCCCCGAAGUCGCCGCUCUCGUAGCUAAGCCACCUAGUGGUGAGUCGUAUGCUACGCCGCGGAGUUAUAACCCCGCGUACUCCGUGCCUGUGAGAUGUCUUUGCGCUUCUGAGGACAACUCCGAUGGUGAUACCGCUCAAGAUCACCAGCCCUACCAUUCGCAGCGCGACGACUUCGCCCAAGAAGAGGUUGCUAGUGAGCCCAUGAUCUCGCCACGCGCGAAUCGUGGAAUCGCUAUAGCGACAGAAAUGGUGCAGAGCUGGGCAAUUCCAGACGCUAAUGACAAGAGUGUAGCUGGUGGUCCUAAAUUCCCUACUCAUAAACCUCUACCUAUCCUCAAAUCCAAACGCGAUGCCAACGUUACUUUUGAACCAGAAUUUGCUUCGUACGAUAUCUCUAUGAGUCGGAGCAUUUCAGAGUCUCCCUCAUCUCAGUCGGAAUUAUACGGCCCCUUAAACUGGCAGUUCGCGAUAGAGUGUCAAGAUGGCGAGGGUCUCUUCGAUCUUGAUGAGAAAAGGUCAUCUCUGCGCUUGCACUUUUGUCCUGAAACCGCCGCAAAGAUCAGCCCCAAGAUUUCUAAGCUUCUGCAUAACUCCGCAACCCCAGAGCAAGAGAGGGACGAUAUGUGUGCCCGACUGCUUGACACGUUGAUGAUGAUUGAGUGUUACAAGACGCACCUGGCACAGGAGGAGGAUACUUGGGACCUGAUGAUGGAGAGGGCGUGGGACGCUGUGAUAUCGGUUCUGGGACUUAGUGAUGAAGAAGAAACGUUGGAAGAACUGGCGGGUCAAUUGAGGGGAGCUAUGAUGCACGCGCAUUACGUUGCAGCAACGGGGGUUAAGGACUCAGAGAGGGAUGACUGUUCUGUGGAUACGGUGAGAUGUCCAGUUUGUGACGUGGUAUGGCGGACAACAAGACAGUUCUUUUGUCCUUUUGAUCAUGGGUCGGACAACGACGUUGACGAGUUCAUGAACUGGGAUAAUUUUUGGAGACAUCAGGUAGCUGAGGGACAUGUGGUUUGUGCUCAAGAGGUUAUAUACUAG